GCAUAUCGACUGUGUUCUGCCACUGAGCUAUAUCCCAUUUGGUAGCGAAAAAAUUUUUUAACAAAACACAAAAAAUGUAUUUGAGAGCAAACCGAAAGUAAAGAACUAAUUUUUUUUGUGUGCCCAUAAAAGUUGAACAUUGCUAGAAAUAGAGUGAACAUUUAAAUAUUCAGAUUUUCAUGAUGAUUACAAGAUUUUUUAUUGCCUGGGAGAUGAGGUUGUUAGUUCUGCUUGCAACAUAUGUGGUAGCAAUUUUAGCAGCGGACACCGCUGUUACUACAGAAAUUCCAACUGCUGGGCAUGAGGUCACACAAGGUGAUACACCCGUAAGUACACGAAAUGUGGGAGAUGGUGAUUUGACGGUCCUGUGUCCCAAUAUGGUGAGAUAUGUUUUUGAGAGUGCCAUGCCCCAUGAUGAAUCCAAGUCGGGAAUAUAUGAAAAGUAUCCUUCGACGGAUGAAGGCGAAGUAGACUUGCGUACUUGUGUGGAGGCUUGCUGCGAAAAAGGACGCAAUAACACUUGCAAUGUGGUGUUUAUGUUUAAACGCAAAUGUUAUCAUGUGCGUUGUGUGAGUAAUGAGGCAUGUCUGCCUAAGGAGCGUAGAACACUGCCAACAGGGCGCAUACAGAUGGUGUUGGUUAAUCCGGUGAGAAGUGAUACGCAAAAAGAGAAAUACUCAUGGCUGGAUACGCUGAAGUCCUCAAAAGCCUUAAACGAAAUGAUGCCCUUCGAUGAGACCGAAGGUAAUGAAAACAUAAAUUCCCUGAACUUUUGGAAACAACCUCAUAAACUCCCAUAUUAUUCGCGUACGGCUGAAUCGUCUCCGGGGAAUUAUGAUGAAGAUGAUGAUUUCCCUCUGGCCGAAAAAAGGGUAAAACAGUUGCUAAUGUCAUCGCCACUGGAUGAGAAUGAGGGAAUAUUACCCGAAGAUUUGUCCUAUUACAGGGCCAACUUGUCGCCCGAAUCGGCUGCUUUAACAAACUUUCUAACUUGCAGUCCAGACAUGACAUCUGAGGGCGCUACAAGAUGCGCCCUGAAUGAGGAAUGCGUUUCGGUAGAUACAAAUACGGGUAUUUGUAAAUGUAUACGGGGUUUUGUGCGCAAUCAUCUGCGGGUUUGUGUGCCAGACUCCAUGGACUACAACUUGAUGGACGAAACAGGAGCAGCUCAUAACAUAAUGAUGGCUUCGGCAUCUUCCAAUGAAGCCACGACAAUGCAGAAGCCAGAGACUGAACCCACUCCCAAAACUGAACCAAAUAAAAAACUGAUGGUAUCGGUCGUCUCGAAGGAAGUGCGUUUGCCCGAGAAAGAAGUAACACUGGCUGCCUUCACCGUACCCGAUGAACAGUCCAGCAAUACCAAAUAUAAGUACCUGUGGACACUUAUCAAUCAACCCAAAAGUCCCAUGAAUGGUACCAUAUCCGACCAAAGUCAAUCGAAGGUCAAAUUAUCCAACCUCUCCGAGGGCCUGUAUACAUUUAAGGUAACCGUGACGGGGGAUAAUGGCACUUAUGGUGAAGGCAUGGCAAAUGUUACAGUCCUGCCAGAAAAACGUAUAAACCGAGUGCCGCAGGUGAUAAUAACACCCAGCGAACAGACCAUCAGGCAGCCAACAACAAACGCCAUUUUAGACGGCAGUACCAGCAUAGAUGAUGAUAAAAUUGUAUCAUGGCACUGGGAAGUAGUCUCCGGCCCAAUUGGAUAUCAACCUAAGCUACCCGAGGUGAACACACUGCAAUUGACUGAUCUCACUUCUCCAGGAAAUUACACCUUUAAGUUGACUGUAACUGACACCGAUAACGUUACAAAUUCCACAACAGCGAAUGUAACAGUGCUAAAAGGCACCGAUUACCCCCCGGUGGCCAAUGCUGGAGAUGCUGUUAUACUCUAUUUGCCCAACAACAAUGUUACCCUCAAUGGCACCGCUAGCUCGGAUGAUCACGAAAUUGUUGCCUGGGAAUGGACCAAGGAUGCCAGCGAUGAAGCAAAGGCUGUUGAUAUGCAAAACACCAGAACACCCUACGUGCAGUUGUCCAAUUUGGAAGAGGGCAUGUAUACAUUCGUUUUAAAGGUGACUGAUGGCAGUGGCCAAUCGAGCACAGCCAAGGUUCAUGUAUUUGUAAAGCCACCCACAAAUUCCCCACCUGUGGCAGUGGCGGGUACGAAUAUGACUAUAAAUUUGCCCACCAACUGGAUUACGCUCAAUGGAUCUGCUUCCACAGAUGAUAUAGGCAUAAAAUCCUAUGAGUGGAAAGAAGUAAGUGGACCCAACACAGCCAUGAUACUGAGAUCAAAUGAAACGGUAGCUAAUGCCACUGGUCUUACUUUGGGUGCUUAUGAAUUUCAACUCACCGUUGUUGAUGAGAGCAAUAACACUGCCAGCGAUCAUAUGUGGCUAAAAGUGGUGCAAGAGAAGAAUUCUCCACCAGUGGCAAAUGCUGGGGGCGACCAAAGCAUUACCUUGCCAGUGUCAGCGAUUUAUUUCAAUGGCUCUGCUUCUUCGGAUGAUUUGGGUGUAUCGAAAUAUCAAUGGACUCGCGAAGAUGCCAGUUUGGCUGCCGGCAAGAUUGUGGGCAAUACGGAUAGCAGUCCCAUAAUGAUUCUAACCAAUUUGGUGUCUGGACGUUAUGUCUUCAAACUAACCGUAAGUGAUGAUCAAGGCUUGACCAGUUCAGAUACUGCCAGCGUUUUUAUACAUCCCGACCCUAUGCUCUUGAAUUUGGUACAACUAACGUUGCCCAUGAAUAUAUCCAUGUUGACACAUUCCGCUCUGACAACGAUUGUGCAAAAAAUUGGUCUGCUAAUGGGUGACAUGAAGAUCCAAGUGCGUGACUUGCAGCAUGAUUCGCGAACCAAUGCCGCCAUAUUGGUGUUCUAUGUGGAGUUGCAAAAAGCUGGUAAAACUUCUCCCGUGGAUGGCUUGACCAUAGAGCGUUUGCUUAAAGAGAAACUACAACGAGAUGCCUCCAUAUUGGGUACAGUGUUUGCCGAUGUUCGCACCAUGGUCUGCCAGAAUAAAUGUUCCGGUCAUGGUGUUUGCAACUCUGAUACACGAGCCUGUUUCUGUGAAGCCUUUUGGAUGCCAUCAUUUGGAUAUUUCUGGGGAUUCGAGGAGGCCAAUUGUGAUUGGUCCGUCCUUUAUGUUUUUGUGGGUGUCAUAGUAUCAUUGUUGUUAUUGUCUGCCAUAUUUUGGGGCAUUGCCAUUGCCUGUAGGCAAACGAAAAAACCACGUUCCAGACCAAAAGUUCAAAAGUAUUCAUUGAUUGGAACACAGGACGAAGAAGCGCCUAAUUACUCACGCACAUCUUUGACAGAUUCGGAAACCGAUUCAGAUGUUCUCUUCGAAUCACGUUCUAAAUCGAAUGGCAUCUUGCGUUUAAAUGGCACUUCGAAAAAUCGACAAAACGGUCAUGAUCGCAGUAAAUAUCCUGGGAAACAUGGUCGUAAGAUUAAGACGUAAAUUUUC